AUGAGCACCUGGCCUAAUGAGCCUGAAGGCAAUGCUCGCUACAAAGUUGCCAUUCCUCGGAUAUCGGGCAGACGCCCAUUGCCCAAACGUCAACGUGUAGCUCGAGCUUGUGAUGCUUGUCACGUAAUUAAGCUGAGGUGCAAUGGAAAUCGUCCAUCGUGUGACUAUUGUCUCACCAUUGGGAAACCAUGUCUCUAUUCGGCUACGAAAAGGGAAGCACGGCAGAUCAGUGUUCAACGUCUGGAAGAAAGGAUUCAAGACUACGAGUCCGUACUGGGUGAAGUCCUCUUGCAUUGUCCCCCAAAGAAUCUGAAAUCUGUUCUGAAAUUGAUAUCUGAGCGUCGUCCGGAAUUCCUCGCAGAUCUACAACAGUCAACACGAUUACCUCAAAGCCCCUCUGGCUUGAAGUUCAACCUCAAUCUAGAUCGGAUGCACCUCACCUUUCGGGAUAACCAAUUCGGAGCAGGCCUCUCUCUUCAGCGCCAGCCUCUAAUUCAGACCAAGUCAAUACAGCAUUGGACUUCACUUGUUGAGGACGAUGUAGCAAGCCACUUGCUAUCGUUUUACUUCAACUGGGAGAAUCCAACUUGGCAUUUGAUUGACCAAGAGCUUUUUAUUCAUGAUCUAGAAACGCGAUCUACAAAGUUCUGCUCCCCGCUUCUAGUUCACAUUCUGCUAUUGUUCGGCUGUAGCUUUUCAUAUGGUCUCCAUUCUUUCACCGAUAGACGGCAGGAAAAGGCGCUCGGGCAAAAGCUCUACGAUGAAAUCCUUCGACUCUGGGCACUCGAGAAGGAAACAGCCGACAUUCCAACAAUACAAUCUGGUAUCCUGCUUGGUUUACUAUGUUGUACUUUUGGAACCGAUCGAUUGGGUACCGAACUCAUCAUGAGAGGGGCAGCCAUGUACUACCGAUCUGGUUUGCAUAAAGAAGGCGCUCCUUACUUUCAAUGCGCCAAUGACGAUCUGAGACAGAGUAUGGCCAGAGCCCAGAAGUUGAUAUCAUGGGGUGUUUUUGAUGUUCAAUCUCUGGCUUCCCAGGUAUACAAGAAACAUAGCGAAUGGCCCCAGCCGCCAUCAAUAGGCUUCUCUCCGGAAGAAGCAACGUCUCUGGAUGACAACAACAUGUGGAGCCCAUACCCAUUUCAGACUCCAAUUUUCGCAUCCAACACUUAUAAGAUUGCUCGGUUCCGCGGCAGGCUUGCGGGACUGGUCAACGAGACUGCAACUUUAUCACUUCAGUUACGUGAUUCGGGCCCAGCUGAAGACAGCUGGGCUCAAGGCUGUGAGAUCUAUGGGAAGCUGCUACAGUGGAAUCAAGAGCUGCCACUGGAAAUACAACAAGAACGAAAAAGCACGCCGCAUAGUCUGUGCUUACGGAUGUACUACCAAUGCACAGUGAUAAGCCUGUGUGACGUAUUCGAGAUCCUUUCAAUCAAACAGCCAGAGGGAAAACCCGACUUCGACACCGCAGAAAUCAAGUCUAGUGCCGUAGAGGUCCUAGGAUCGCUCAUCCUCCUCUACAAACAUUUCCACGGCUGGAAAUCCGUCCCAAUCGUCAUGCUACACUAUCUCUGCGUCGCAGGAAUCCACGCCAUCGCUAGACUAAGUCCGAGCGAAAUGAAGUGGAUGAAAGUCCUAGAAAGCAGUGUCUUGGGCCUCUGGAACAUGGCCAUCGGAUGGGGCCGAUUAGGCAAGGCUUUCCUCAAGAUAAUUGCUUUUCUAUUGAGGGCCAGAAAGGUGGAGAAUGACUACAUUACGCCCAAGACAGCUGCGAUCAUGGAUCAGCUUGAUGGUGCAUACUGGACCGCGACUGAUGCGGCGUCGCUGGCUGCGGACUAUGUUGUUCAUUCGGUUCCGUCGGAUUUGACAUCGACUCCUUCUGAUACCGGCCACGAAGUCACCGCACAGUCUUUGGGGGAACUUAUAAAAGCCGCGGAGCAGCUUACUCUGUAG